CGUGGCCUCUCUUAAAUUGCCGGAGUUGGCGGAGAAUUUUUGCAAACAAACUCAGACAGACGCUGCAAUAACUUUCUCCUGCACCUGUGCCGCGAAAAGCUGAGGAUGGACGCAGCUCUGAAGAAAAGAAACGGAGACAAUGGAAUUCAGCAUGGGUCUAUGAGGCAGGCGUACUUGGAGGAGCAGACCAACAAAGCGGGCGUGCUCUCCUGCAUCUUCUCCCUGAAGGAGGAGGUGGGCGCUCUGGCCAAAGCCCUCAGGCUCUUCGAGGAGAAGGGCAUCAACCUGACCCACAUCGAGUCUCGUCCGGCGCACAUGAACAGCGAUAAGUAUGAGUUCUUCAUCAACGUGGACACCACCUGCUCCAAGGCCCUGGACGAGGUCAUCGACGGCCUGCGCCUGGAGAUCAGUGGGCAAGUGCACGAGCUCUCCCGCAACAAACAGAAGGACACCGUGCCGUGGUUUCCCCAUGAGAUCCAGGACCUGGACCGUUUCGCCAACCAGAUUCUGAGCUACGGGUCCGAGCUGGAUUCUGAUCAUCCUGGCUUUACUGAUCAGGUCUACAGGGCCCGCAGGAAGGAAUUUGCUGACAUCGCCUUCAACUACAGACAUGGCCAGGUGAUCCCGCGUGUGGUUUACACUGCUGAGGAGAAAGCCACGUGGGGGGAGGUGUUCAAAGAGCUGAAGACGCUUUACCCCAGCCACGCCUGCCGCGAGCACAACCGCGUCUUCCCCCUGCUGGAGCAGUACUGCGGGUAUCGCGAGGACAACAUCCCGCAGCUCGAGGACAUCUCUAAAUACCUGCAGUCCUGCACAGGUUUCCGCCUGAGGCCUGUGGCGGGGCUGCUUUCCUCACGUGACUUCCUGGCUGGACUGGCGUUCCGGGUCUUCCACUCCACACAGUACAUCCGCCACGGAUCCAGGCCCAUGUACACCCCUGAGCCAGAUAUCUGCCAUGAACUGCUGGGACACGUGCCACUGUUUGCUGACUACAGUUUUGCCCAGUUCUCACAGGAAAUUGGUCUGGCUUCCCUGGGAGCUCCAGACGACUUCAUUGAGAAACUUGCCACUGUGUACUGGUUCACUGUUGAGUUCGGGCUCUGCAAACAGGGUUCAGAGGUCAAAGCUUACGGAGCUGGCCUACUCUCAUCCUUUGGAGAAUUACAAUACUGCUUGACAGACAAGCCAAACAUCCUUCCGUUUGAACCUGAGAAAACAUCCCUUCAGAAGUAUCCCAUCACGGAGUUCCAACCUGUCUACUUUGUGGCCGAGAGCUUUGAGGACGCCAAGGAGAAAGUCAGGAAGUUCGCCGGCACUAUCCCGCGACCCUUCACCGUGCGCUAUAACGCCUACACCCAGAGCGUCGAGGUGUUGAACAGCACGCAGCAGCUGCGUAAUCUGUCUGACACUAUCACAGGUGACAUGGGCAUCUUGUGCAACGCCUUGCGUAAACUGGAGUAAAGAUUACGUCGAAAUAUUGUAAAGAUACGGAUGUUGUAUUGUGAGGAGUUUCGGAGAAUUGUGCGCCAAAAAUAAUUAACCAACUCUUACCAUAUAUCCAAUACAAGCAUGCAUCAGCUUCACCGUUUGCAAAGCUUAUAUAGCCUACUCUAUGGUAUGAUUUCUCACAAUGUAUUUCUUGUCAUCUAUUAUAAUGUAGAAUUUUUUUUCCUAUUGUAGUGUAUUGUAUUAUGUGACGAGCUUAUGUGAACAAUGAGAAUAGCGUUUCUUACGUGUCCUGUAGUAUUUCGCAACGCUAUCAUAUGCACAAAUCUUUGUAAAUAUACACACACAUAUAUUACACCUAUUCUGGGGAUUUGAUUCAAGCAGAAAUAUUUGUUCAUUUUAAUUGCAUUAAUCACUCAAGCAUAUAGAAUUAAAACGAAAAUUGUUUUCCCUACCUUCAAAUGAAGAGGUAGCCUAUCUGGCUGUGUCUGCAAGGCUGAGGAUAAUAACUGUAAUUUCACAAAUAAGGGGGAGCCAAUUGAAUUACACCAGAGCUUUAUUCAUUAGAUUACUCCAUUGUGCCUUUGAUCUUUCGGUAAUACUCUAACGAAUAUAUUUACUUUUUCAUUGCAUUUAUUUACAGAAAAACACCCAGCAUAUAAAACUGUGAAGAAAGCGCACAAAAUCUGUCGUGAUAUGAUUAGGAAUAUAUUUAGCCUACGUGAACAGAUGCUUAUUAGACGUCAUCAUAUGUAUUUUUUAAAUGUCGUAGAUAAAAAUAAUUUCAACUAUUAGUGUGGUAUACAUACAAUACUUAUACUAUAUUAGGAUAGGAAUUAUUCUGUUAGCAAGCUAAGAAGACUGUUAGUAUGUGCAUGCAAUGUAACUGAUUCAAGAAAAUAAAAUAUUUCUUCACUCUCA